GCGUGGCUUAAGUGACUUCACCUGUCGCAGGUAAACUAAACUGCGACACAAAUCGCUGGAAGAGGCGGAAGUCACCCGCUGUGAAAAAUAUUCGGUUCGGUUCGGUUCUCCCAGCUUGAUCCGGAUUCGAGGAGGAUCCAUCCUCAGCAAGAUGCUCACUCUGAAGUUUCUGUUGCUCUGCUUCCUGGUUCGGCUCGGCCGGGCUCAGACCUGCGACUGGGACCAGUCCACCGAUCCGAACCAGAGCCUCGACCCGGACUCCUUCGAAGCUGGGGCGCGGUACCUGGGCCAGAUUCGGGAGGUGUCGGACCCGGAGCGCUGCCGGACCGCCUGCUGCGAAGAGGCGGGCUGCGAGCUGGCGCUGGUCGGGCGGCCGGCGGACGGAGGGCUGCAGUGCCUGCUGGUGAGCUGCGGGCCGGCCGGCUGCUCGCUGCAGCGCAGCUACCAGUUCCAGGUGUUCCGGAAGAAGCAGCAGAGUCAGGCCGACCAGGAAGCCCCUAAAGGCGGGCACGUCGUCCCGCUGCUGGAGGCCGCAGAGCCGCGGAGCAACAACAGCGAUGUUUGCCGUCUGCCUCAGAAGACGGGUCCAUGUCGCGGGGCGUUCCCCAGGUUCUUCUACAACGUGACGAGCCAGACCUGCACCAGCUUCAUCUACGGCGGCUGCCAGAGCAACGGCAACAACUUCCAGUCCCAGGAAGAGUGUGACAACGCCUGCAGCGGCGUCACCGGUUCAGUUCUGCUUGAAGAAGUCCCAACAUCUGCUCCAGAACCGGCGCCCAAAGUGCCUCGGAUGGCCCCCCUACGCCAGGCCGAAAUCUCAGCUGAUCAGUUCGCAGAGCUGUGUGAAGCGGAGUAUGAGCAGGGUCCAUGCAGAGCUUCCUUUAAGCGCUGGUACUACAACAAAGAGACGGGCAUCUGUCAGACCUUCUUCUACGGCGGCUGCCAAGGAAACAAGAACAAUUACGAGGAUGAGGACCAAUGCAAGUCCACCUGUACAGGAGUCUCUGUCCUGCCUUCCUCCAAGAAGAUCCCAGAAGACGACACAGAUCGUUGCAGUUUGAGUCACGAGUCUGGAAUGUGCCGCGGCGCCUUCCCUAUGUUCUACUACGACUCUGACUCCGCCUCCUGCCAGAGUUUCCUCUACGGCGGUUGUGGUGGGAACGACAACAGGUUCGAGUCUGAGGAGGACUGCAUGUCUGCGUGCAGCGGGGCGGGUCGACUCAAUGGUCAUGAAGAAACCAGAAGCAGAUGGACUGCAGCCUUCUUCCUCUUCGCCACUCUGGCAAUAAUCUCCGCCCUGCUGCUCGCCACGCUCAUCAUCAUGACCGUGAGGCGCCGCCAACGAAUCCGCCGCUACUCCUCCAUCAGCGACAAGCGGGGCCUGAUCACAGACGAUGUGUCGUCUCAGGACUCGCUGAGCAUCCCAGAGAGCCCCAAACCGGAACCGAAGGCCUGAGGGUCCGGCUCCACCGGGUCCGGCUCCACCGGGCCCGGACUCAGAACUGAUCCGCUCUCUCCUCUUACAGAGAUCCAUCAGGGUGACAAGAAUGUGAUCCAAGGUUGGAUCAAUUAUCCGACAAUAAUCACCAUCAGUCAUCGGCGACUAAAGGGGCGGAGCUUCAGUUCUAAGGCGGAGCUCUCAGCGUCAAUAAAACGUUUUCUUCUCCUUGCAGCAUAAGAGCUCUGACUGAUUUGUCAUUGAUCACCUCUAUUGAUCACCACUAACUGAUCACCUCAUUAAAGGAGCCAUUUGAUUCGCAGAGACCCUCCAGGUUCAAAGUUCAACCCAAAUGGCAGCUGGACCUGUCCUCAGGGACCAGCUUCCUGUCCAGGUCUCCUGACGAAAACCGAUUCAAUCCUGAUUUUAAAUUUCCUGACACGGAUCAGCUCCUCGUUUCUUAUCACAAAGUAAUUGAUUAUUACGGAUAAUCAAUUGAGAAUGAUUCAGUUCAGCCACGUGAUUAUUGGCUUUUCCUUCAAAGAGAAACAUUUAAACUUCCUGUCUGCAGUCGAACCAGUAACUUCUCUGUGGUUCUGGGUAGUUCUGUAGAACCCGGUUCUGGUUCUGGACUUCAUCUCCUGUGAAGCUCUGAGUUUCAGAUCUCGGCACCAAUCAGAUUCUAACAUCCCGUCACAAAGUCCAUGAACAGCCAGAACUUCACAGGAGCCAAUCAGAACCUGGAGAGUUCCUGAUUAGCGACAGAUCAAUACAUCAGAUCAGCACCUCGUCAUGUGCUGUUUGGACUGUACUGGUUCCGUUUCCUGGCCCCGCCCAGAGCUUGGAGCAGAGCCUCUGAUUGGCCGUCAGGAGGGCACUGUUCCUUUAAGGUUGAUGUGAUUAUUGAUCAGUGAGUUGAUCAGCUGACAGAUCGGAGCUCAGGUGGUUUUAAUUAAAUAUGUUAAAAUUAAACUUUGAUGUUUUUCUUAAAUCAAAUAUUCAAUUAAUCGUUUCGAUUGUUUUCACUUAAUCAAUUAUUGGUAAUUUUUCAGAGGGGUUACAAUAAUUAGUUAAGUAUUGGUGAAUGUUUUCAGUUUUUCCUAUGAGUUAUAAAUGUUACUCAGUUUUUAAGAGACAUUAUGUGGGUUAUUGAUGUCAGUAAUCAGAUGUGUAUUGAUUGAUCGGAAAGUGACAGAAUCAGCCUGAAGGUGGGAAACCAUACCACUAAAUUAUUACUGUUACUGCUUAACUCCAUUUCCCAUGAUGCACCUGCAGUCUAGUUCCCUCUGCAGGCUGAGAUCUGAGCAGUUUCUGUCAGUUUUAUGAAUUAUUGAUCAGGGAAUCUGUCACUUUGAAGUUUUAUUGCUUUUUAAAAUGUCACUGUGUUCAAUAAUCUGAUCUAUUGGUCUCACCAGGGUCAUUCUGGAGGUUAAGCUACUUUUAAAUACCACUUAUUAAGCAAUUAGCAACUGAUCAGAUUAUUGAUGGGCUAAUUUUUAAUUCUGUUGUGAUCAAUAUUCUGAAAAGCGGAUCACUCUCCACAGAAACAAUAAAUAAAAUGUUACCAAUUCA